CGAGCCUAUUCCCGACAUUCGUUGUUGACCUUUUUUGCUAAAAUUACAGUAGUUCGAUACCUAAUACUCCUACACUCGUUCAUCACUUAAUUUUCAAGAAACAACCCAAUCCGUCACAAUGAAGAGCUUCACCUCCGUCCUCGUCGCCGGCUUCGCUGCCCUGGCCCAGGCUGUUCAGCUUACCAACACCAACUUCAACGUCCAGGCUGGUCAAGCUUUCGAGAUCACCUGGUCUGAUGCCUCUGGACCCGUCACUCUCACCCUGAAGAACGGCCCCAGCAACGACCUCAAGACCGUCUCCACCAUCGCCUCUGGCCAGAGUGGUACCUCCUUCUCCUGGACUCCGUCCUCAACCCUCCCCAGUGACCAGUACGCCAUCGAGAUCUCGGAUUCUACUGGCACUCCCAACUACUCUGAGCAGUUCACCCUGACCACCUCCGUCACUGCUUCCGCCUCCGUCUCCUCGGCCUCUGCCUCUGCCUCUGCCUCCGCUUCCGCCUCCGCCUCCAUCACCACCACUGUCUCUGCUUCCACCAUCACCUCUUCCGCUUCUGCCUCCUCCGCCUCUGCUGAGAGCAGCUCGGCCUCCUCCGCUGCUAACUCCACCGCUGCCUCGACUGUCUCCACCAGCACCCGCGCUAGCACCCGCACCAGCGCUACCAGCUCUUCUACCAGCUCUCCUACCACCGUCCCCGGCAGUGACGCUGUCCGCAUGGGCUCUCCCAUUGCUCUGAUCGGCCUUACCGUCGCCGCCAUGCUCUACUUCCAGUAAGCUGGUGGCUGUCGGGGAUGUUUGGGCUAUCUCAGCCCAAUGAAUGGUAUAUGAUGCGACCAAAGGUUUAUAAUACAGUAAUGCGAUCCAAGAACGAACAGGACCAGGAGUUGCAUUUCACAUGAAGCAAGCGGAUCGAGUUGCAAAUCGCUCUCGAGGAUAGGGGAUGAUGAAGUAAACAUUGUGUGUUACUCGGGCCUAUCGGAAAACUUUGGUUCUGUAAACAAUCAAUUAGCAACUCAAUACAUCGUUGCCUUUCCA